AUGGAGGUUGUGCGGCUGGCAUGCCAAGAUUGUGCGGCCAUCUGUGCACUGGAAGGUCGAGAAUAUGCGCUGCUUAAGGUAGAUGGAGUGCUUUCCAAAGAAGCCCAGGAGAAGGCGGUUGCGCAGCAUUGGAUGGAUUGCAGAGCUAGGGCCAACAGCGCCCAUAGUCGUUGGCGCUAUGUAGCAUCGGUUGACGUGGCGACUGGUAGGCGUAUUAACGCUCUACAAGUGUGA